ACUUUCUCUCUGCCUCCCUCAAUUUAAAAUGGGCAACGACUGCUGGCCUUCGUCUUCCUACCUUCCGCUUCAAUUCUCGCCUCAGCGAGAGUAGGCGUCACGCUCACUUUUGCUUCGAGGAUCAUGCAUUGAUUGCUUUUCUCCAGGUGCAACGUUUCUUACCGAAGAUUUAUUCGCUAGAUCUUUAUUUCCUCUGAUGGUUCCAAUCAUACUUCUCUUUAUUGCAUAUUCCUUUGUGUUAUGAACAACGUUAGGUUAAUGGAUUUUGUGACAAAAAAAAAGGAGAUUUAGUUGCAGAGGCAAAUCAGUAGAUUGAAGUCAUGGAUCCUAACUUCGUCAGCAGUUAAGUUGGCUGGCAUGGCUUCCUCCAGAUCAAGCACUCUCCUGAACGACAAGACCACGUCAAUCUCUUCAUCCUAUACCAGUUCCGAUGAGCUUCGCCGGCGGAGGGCCGCCAAAACCUCGGUCUCGGGUUCGCCUCAGCGGGAGACUAAUCCGUUGCAGCACAAGCCUAUAGUUCGAUCCACCAGCGACAGCGCCGCAAAAGUUAGCGGAUCCACGCCACUGCAAACACACAGCGCCACCGCCAAUAAAUCGCGUUCGCCAGGAAUCGCAAGAAAGUCGGCGGAGAAACCUUCAUCGCCGUCCAGCUCUCCUUUGAAAUCAUCUUCGACGGCGAGCGCUACUGCCAGAGAAAAGACGCCGAGGCCUUCUUCCUCCAGUGUUUCGCGGAUUGCAGCGUCUUCAAAGCCGGCGAGCGUAUCGGAGAAAACAACGAGAGCUCUAAAAGCCGGCGUCGGAGGGGCUCUAUCAUCUGCCAAGGCUCGGAAUCCGGCGGGUAGCGUCGUCUCCAACAAAAAGAAGCUCAGUACUUCGGAGGUCGACGCCGACCGAAGGGCAUUAAGUGAGGAUCCAUCAGUUACAACUGACAAAGAUUAUUUUGUUGUUACUUCCCUGGAAGGCCAUGUUUCCGGCGAGAACAAUCACAUCGCAGGAACGGAAGCGGAAUCAAUUGAAGCCAAGGAAGAAACACUCGCUGAGACUAAUAAAGCCGCCGAGGAAGACGAUACUAACCUAGAAUCUCAACCAGAAGAUCAGCACGAUUCACCAGAGCACGAGCUCGAUGGGAAUAUCGAUCACGAUGGAAACAGACUGCCUGAGAUUGCCAACGGGCACCUCUCUGAGGAGCCGCCGUCUGUUGGGAUCAUCGAAUCACCUCGUGAAGAACCAUGCGAGGUUGCAAAGGUAGAAGCUGAAACAGAGGGCGCGAAUUUAGUGAUGCCUGACCCAUGUGCAGGCGAUGCCAUGCCAGAGAACAGAGAAGAUGAUGCAGAUCAGGAGAAUAGUAUCGACAAGUCUCCGGCGGCAGAGUCAACGGUGGAGAAGAUUUGCGUCAGGGAAGCUCGGGAGAGUAAAGCUCCAGCACCGGCGCCGGCUGAACCUUGGACGGCGACGUUAGUUGAGAACGGAGGGGAGACGUCGCCGAUGGUGAGGGUGUUUAAGAAGCCGACUCUGUUGUUGGCGAAGAAGGAGGAGAAAGUGAGCAACGACGUGAUCGAGGAGACGAGGAGCAAGCUGUUGGAGAAGAAGAAGAGCAAGGUGAGGGCUUUGGUGGGAGCAUUCGAGACGGUCAUAUCGUUGCAGGACGAGAGUCAACCUGGUAAAAACUAAAAACCAGGCGACCAACUCCAGCAAAGAAUCAACCGAGUUGACUUAGAGGUCAGGGAUUGAGCUUUUCAUCUUUUCCGUGCGUAUUUCCUUGUUUUUUCUUCCUCCUUCCUUCCUUCUUCACUUUUUAAAAUGUGAUUGACGAGCAGUUUCGUGUGCUGCACAAUCGAUGGAGUUUGUUUGCCGAUUGGACUAUAAAUGUGCGUAGUGUGUGGCUUGAGAUAUGCUUCUAGGCGUUGAGCACGGACAGAAUGGCCGGCCGGCCUGCCGGCCAGCCGCCUGGCCCAGCCUUAGCUCAUCCGGGAAUCUGUUUUCGUAGCGAUUCGAACGAUUCUCGCUGACUCCAUCCAUAGCGUCACCUGCUCAGCAUCUCGCGGCGCAGGCGAGAAGACAAGCGCAAAAGACGUGGGAAAGCAUAAAAUAAAUCUCCUCCCACGCGUCCGCGCCGGU